AUGGCGUCCGAACCCAUGCUACUCACCUCCGCCCAGUUCUCGAAACGCUUUCUGGAAAUCAAGAGCGUACCAAAGUAUGAUGCUACCCAAGAGCAGAAGGCAGACCACGAUUGGUGGAUCCUCGACAAGACAAGCGUUCAGGUCACACUGAAAGAAAUCGCCGAACUUGUACAGAGUGCCAUGAAAGGGCUGCCCAAGGACGAUCGAGAGCUUGAGCACCUUUUGAAGGCCAUUACAAAAGUUCAGCAAAUCGAGAAGAAGCCCCCCAUCAAGGUAGCUCUUCUGGGCGCUCAAGGUGCCGGCAAAAGCUUGCUUAUCAACGCGCUAUUCGGCAUUGAUGGUCUUUCCUUGACCGGAGCAGAUGGAGCGGCUUGUACCAGCGCUAUCGUCAGGUAUGCUCAAUACCCCAAUAACGAAGCCGGCGACCAAAUAUUUUACGCCGAGAUCAAGUUCUUGAACAGGGAAAAGAUGGAAGAGAUGCUCAAAGAGCACAUCAAAUCCUACACGCAAUACUAUGACGAUCUCGACGACUCAGAUGACGAGGAAGGCCCUCGCGAGAAGUCAUUUCAACAGGACGAGCUUGAUCGCCGCAUGAAAGACACAGCAGAAGACGUUUUCCUGACUAUCUUCGGUUCAAGAGAGCAGUUUAAGGACAGUUGGAGUACGAGUGCCUACGAAGAAGGCGAGUUUAUGAGUAUAUGCCAGGCAAAAUGUAGCGAAGCCAUGCGCAAGUACGAUUCUGACUCCAAUGGGGUGCAUGGCGUCCCCGCUGGCAACGCAACGGAGUUGAUGAGGAAAAUUAAGCCAUUUCUUACUAAGAUCAAGGGCGAGCCAUGUCUUUGGCCUUUGGUAGACUCCGUCACUAUUCGCUUGCAGCACGAACUUCUCCAGCAAGGUCUCGAGAUCAUCGAUCUUCCCGGAUCGGGCGAUACCAACUUGUCAAGAACUCGACACGCUGAGGAGAUUAAAGCGACCGUCGAUGUUGAGAUCGUUUUGGCUGACACGAUUCGGAUCACGACCGACGAUGCUAUCAUUCAAACCACACGAUCGGGUAUUCUUCAUCAUGGUCCAUCGAACGUCAAAGUUGUAGCUACCAAAAUUGAUUCUAUAUCGGACAAUCAGCUCAAUCAAUGUACCGGAUCACUCUACGACGAGCUGAAAAGGCUUAUGCAAGAAGCAGACAACGAGGCAGCGGCUGCAGACGAACAAGGCGACGAUGAAACUGUAAUGCUCAUGUCGAGAUACAAGCAGUAUGUUGAACGUCGCUUGAAGCUUACGAAGAUCCGGGAGCGUGCGCAAGACAUCUCGACCGAGCUUGCUGCAAAACUUGGGGGCCGGUCUGAUAGCGAUGAUGUUGGCGUUUUCCACAUCUCCGCCGCUGACUACAUGUCAUGGAUCAAGUCGCCCAAAAUCAUGUUCAAGGACCAGCCUGCUCUGCAACCCAACGAUACCGGUAUCCCAGGUCUGCGUCAGUUUCUGUUCAAUCUUCCAGCUCAGCAGAACUUAAGCGACGUUGAUACUCAUAUCAGAGCCGGAGUUCCUGCUUUCGUGGAGAAAGUAAGAAGGGUAUCGACGCAGUCGGACCGCGAUGCCGGGUUUCGUACGAUCGCUGACGAGUUCGACAAGCUCCGUGGACCUCUCUUGGUCGAUUUGAUAAACCAAGCAAAGGCGGUCACCCAUAAGGUUUUCAAAGACAGUAUCGUCAAAGUCCGAGUUGACGUGAAAGGCUAUAAAAAGGAGGUCGAUACUGUCUUGGUGAAGCGUUGGUCCAUCAUUCCCACCACCACUUUCAAAUUGGUGCUUCGAUCUCGGGGAACGAUUCGUCCAGGUGUCUCUCAGUCCAUACACCUCAAAGGUGGGUGCGAUUGGAAUAAGCACCUUGCCACUACCCUUGCCCCGGGAUUCCGGAACUGGUGUCUCACGUACAAUGAACAGACACAACCUCUCAAGAAGGCUUUACGGGACGCUAUCGAUCUAAUUUAUCAGAAAUCAAUGACGGAAGUAGACGACUCCGCCGCGAACAUACUGAUUAUCGAGAAAGCAAAAAGCAAGAUGCAGAAGAUGCGUGCAAAACUGGGAAUCAAGAUGAAAGCUCUUACAGAAGAGAUUGAUAAGACUGCGAAGGGUUCUCUGUACUGGGCCACUAUGGAAGAUGAGCGCAGUAACAGCCUUGUCUCCUGCAUCACCGACGGUAUCUUCGACCAGGUCUUCAACUCGCUCCCUCCGCUUCAUCAACCCAAGCGAGCUGGAACUAAAACGAAGCAGAAGUGGGCAAUACCAGUUGGCAAGUUCCAAAAAGCACUUUUGGCAGACCUGAUGAUCAAGCCUGGGGACCAUUUCGUGGACCGCACCAUUGAGUACUUCGAGCAAGAGGUCGUUACCAACAUGAACCGGGUUAUCGACAAACAUUUCGGAGACAUCAGCGCCCUAAUGGAUCAUUUCAGCAACAUUCUUCGAGAGCAAGCUCCCAUCGACUAUCCUAUGACGCCGGUUGGCGAGGCUAUACGCGCUGAUCUAAAAGAGCUGAUCCCCACCCUUGAAGACAAGGCUCUUCAGCUUCAGAAACUCCUCCCUAAUACCAUCAAAUCAGAUAAUGAGACAGCUCUCGUUCCUAUUGAGAGAUUCUCUGAUGCCAAGGACCAGGACAUCGAUCUACAAGCGCUCUACACAAAAGCGGUCAAUCUCGAGAAGAACAGCGAUCAAAAUGGAUCUACCAAGCAUAAGCCGAAGCGAGGAAUUGAGACUUCUUCCAAGCGGAUGAAGCUGGAGUGA